AUGUUUUUUGGUUGGUUUGCUGACGCAGAUGGACCCUGGAAAAUAUCAGUCAGUCAUACUUUUCAAACAACAAGGGGCACAAAGCUAACGAUACCGUGCACAUUUACCCACCCCCCAAACCACACUGUUAAAGAAGUUUACUGGAAGACGAGCGGGACAAGUGAGUGUGAUAGGGAUGACAUCGACAAGCAAGCGUUUGUUUUUCACCACCGUGAGUCGUGUGUGCUUCCAAACUACCAAAACAAGACCCGUCUGAUUGGUGAWAUAACCAAAGGAAACUGCAGUCUGGAAAUCUCCAACGUUCAGGAAAAGGGAACAAUCUACCUACGUGUUUUUACGAAUAAGGACAAGUACACCUUCAAAAAAAACCUUGUCAGCAUUGACUUUUCAGGGAUCAAAGAAAAAGCUCUUAUUCCAGGUACAGAUUCUUCAGAGGUAAUGACCUCCACAGUAAUGCCAACCGACUUCACACCCAGUUCAUUGCAAAACGACACUAUCUACCUGUCCGUCUGUACACCAGUUGUUGCCCUUGUGAUCAUCGUCAUUAUUGGGAUUAUUGUUUUCAUAAAAUACAAAAGGUCACGCGAGAUAACUCGAAAGGAAUCAGGGUAUUAUGUAAACUUCAGCAGAGCCACUUCCAACGCACCCAAAAGAGAAGCAUCUAGCAAAAAAUUAGACGUGGAGCCACCAGAAGAAAAAGCCACCGAUGAACCCAUCUACAUCAACUUUGAG